AUGCAUUUUUUUUCUGAGCUGGAUCCGUCUAUUCCCGUCACGGAACAAAACCUGGCAGACCGAGUUCGGUACAUCAUGCGCUCGAAAAUAUUUGAUGAUGCCGAGCUCGAACGACUACGACGUGAGGCCAUUCCCUCAUCGAAUGAAUUGGCUACUAUUGGGGAUGCGGCUCCUCAGGCGACAGACCAGCUGCCACGCGUAGAAGCCGCCGUGGAUCUUCCAGUUGUGGUUGAUUCAGACGAUGAUGAAAUGGUCUCCCACGAACUAGAGCAAAUGAGGAGUAUAUUGGAAGAGGCGAUUUUGGAAACACGCGGCAUGCCUCUCGAAAGUCGACCGCGACUUCCCCGCAUACCCCUAAGCAAGCGAAAUCGGGUUGUCGUGAGGGCUCUUAACCCAAUGCUGGUAACCUAA